CGCCCCGGGGCCGCGCGAGCCGACUCCGCCCUCGCCCGGGAGCUCGGGGCCGCGGGAGCGCCGCCGCAGUAGCUGCCUGGCCGCUGCGGAGUGACCCGUCCGUGCCGCUCCGCUCCGCCAGCCGCGCUCCAGCCCGCCGCCCUCCGUGGGCACCCCGGCCCCGCCAUGGUGAAGGUGACGUUCAACUCGGCUCUGGCCCAGAAGGAGGCCAAGAAGGACGAGCCCAAGAGCAGCGAGGAGGCGCUCAUCAUCCCGCCCGACGCCGUCGCGGUGGACUGCAAGGACCCAGAUGAAGUGGUACCAGUUGGCCAGAGAAGAGCUUGGUGUUGGUGCAUGUGCUUUGGACUAGCAUUUAUGCUUGCAGGUGUCAUUCUAGGAGGAGCAUACCUGUACAAAUAUUUUGCACUUCAACCAGAUGACGUGUACUACUGCGGAAUAAAGUACAUCAAAGAUGAUGUCCUCCUAAAUGAGCCUUCUGCAGAUGCCCCAGCUGCUCGCUACCAGACAAUUGAGGAAAAUAUUAAGAUCUUUGAGGAAGAUGAAGUUGAAUUCAUCAGUGUGCCUGUCCCAGAGUUUGCAGAUAGUGAUCCUGCCAACAUUGUUCAUGACUUUAACAAGAAACUCACGGCCUAUUUAGAUCUUAACCUGGAUAAGUGCUAUGUGAUUCCUCUGAACACUUCCAUUGUUAUGCCACCCAGAAACCUAUUGGAGUUACUUAUUAACAUAAAGGCUGGAACCUAUUUGCCUCAGUCAUAUCUAAUUCAUGAACACAUGGUUAUCACUGACCGCAUUGAAGACAUUGAACACCUGGGCUUCUUUAUUUAUCGACUGUGCCAUGACAAGGAAACCUACAGACUGCAACGCAGAGAUACCAUUAGAGGUAUUCAGAAACGUGAAGUCGGCAAUUGUAUCACAAUUCGGCACUUUGAAAACAAAUUUGGCGUGGAAACUUUAAUUUGUUCUUGAACAUUCAAGAAAAACAUGGAGAAAAACUUAAUCUCACAGCAUAACCAUACUCUUUGUAUUUUGUGCAGUGAUUAUUUUUUAAAAUCUUCUUUCAUGUAAGUAGCAAACAGGGCUUCACUAUCUUUUCAUCUCAUUAAUUCAAUUAAAACCAUUUCCUUUUAAAAAACAUUUUCUUCUUUCCAAGUGUGGUGUCUUUUAUCUUUGAAUUUAGUAGUUGUAUAAAGUCAUAAAUCAUAAUACACUUCACCAUAUAUCUUAGGUAGAGAGAUUUUAUGUUUUUGCAUUUUCAAGAGGAGUGAUUAUCUAAAGGAUAGUCACAUAAAUGGACCAUUGUGACUUAUUUGUAGUUGUUAGUUGCCCUGCUACUUAGUUGUUAGAGCAUUUAAGCACAAAAUUUAAUCUUUCUCUAAUUAAAAUAUGCAGUAUUUUCAGUGUCAUAUUUAACUCUUUAGAAUAUAAUUUCCACUUCAGUGUUUUAAUAUCGUAGGCAUCUGCUGUAAUAAUAUUUUAGAAAAUGUUUGGAAUUUGAGAAUUAACUUGUGUUACUAAUUUGUAUAACUCAUAUGUGCAAUGGAAAGCAUAAAUAUCACAAAAUUAUUUGA